AUGAACAGUGUAUUGCGCGAAUGGCUGGACGACUUUGUCACAGCGUACCUGGAUGAUGUACUGAUCUACUCGAGCGGUUCGAAGGCGGAUCAUGAGGCUAAGGUGCGACGAGUUCUCCAAGCACUCGCCGACGCUGGGCUGCACCUAGACCCAGCGAAGUGCGAGUUUUCGGUACAAGAGCAGCGCGCCAUCCGCGAAUGGGAGGCCCCGACCACGGUGAAGGGUGUCAGAAGCUUUCUGGGCUUCGCCAACUAUUACCGGAUCUUCAUCCCCGACUAUGCCAAGAUCACGCAGUCUCUGGAUGCCCUGCUUAAGAAAGGAACUGCCUUUCAUUGGGGACGAGCGGAGAACGAGGCGUUUCAGGAGCUGAAGCGACGAUUUUGCGAGUCACCGGUGCUCAAGCAGUGGGACCCGAGCCUCCCGACCUUUUUGGAGACGGAUUGCUCAGGCUACGCAUUGGGAGGCGUCCUGUCGCAGGAAGGCCCAGAUGGACGUCGACACGCAUGCGCCUUCUUCUCGAAGCGACUUUCGCCAGCGGAGUACAACUAUCCCAUUCACGACAAGGAGAUGCUUGCCAUCAUGAGAUGUCUCGACAACUGGAACGCCGAACUUAGGAGCUGCGGCCCAUUUACAAUCCUUACCGAUCACCGCAACCUGGAGGCAUCCACCCUGCCGAAGAUGAAGGUCUUCGAGGUAGCGGACCUGCAGCAACUCUGGGACGAAACGGUGGCGAAGGACUCGAUAUUCCGGGCAGCCUAUAAGGCAGUCCGCGAUCGCGAGCGUGCCUUCCCGCCCUCGCUGGGCCUGAAGAUCCAGAUUUCAGAAUGUGCGAUCGACGCAGGCAAAAGGCUGACAUUCAGAGACCGUAUUUGGUCGCAUGACUCUGUUGCGACCGGUCAUCCCGGCAGGGAAGGUACGCUGGCUAUUGUGGCUCGGCGAUUCUACUGGCCUGGGCAGUCCCAGCUGGUUUGCCGGGACGUAGCCAAUUGCGACACCCGCGGCAGAGCACACAUCUGGCGCCAGUCGAAAGGGAAUUUUCAAGCCUCUGCCGAUUCCAGAUCGACCCGAAGCCAUUUGUCCAUGGACUUCAUCACAGAUCUGCCGCCUACUGGACCGAGCAAGGCAAGGUACCUGUGGGUGAUUGUGGACAGACUGACAAAGGCUGUGACCCUCGAGGUGAUGGACAACAUGGAAGCUGAGCCGUGUGCAAACCGUUUUCUCCAGUGUCAUUACCGAUUUCACGGAAUGCCACGGUCCAUCGUCAGCGACCGCGGGAGCAACUGGCUAAGUAGGUUCUGGAAGAGGUUCUGCCGUCUUGCAGGUGUCACGCAGAAAUUGAGCACGGCCUAUCAUCCUCAGACGGACGGAGGGCCAGAGAGAAUGAACCAGGAGAUCGAGGCCUACCUGAGAGCCUACGUGUCGUACGUGCAGGACGACUGGGGAGAACUGCUCCCUGCCGCGCAGCUGGCACUCAACAAUCGUGAAUCCGCAGCGACCAAGAUCAGCCCCUUUUCGCUGAGCAUGGUUACCACGUCGAUCCCAUCAGCGUCGAGGAAUCGGAAGAGCCACCGAGGCAUAGAGAGGAAAGCAGAGCUGAUAGCCUACUCAGUCGCCUGCAGGAGGUCAAUGAGUACAUGCAAGCAGUGA